UCACAACAAUACCCACGGCACCAUGAUGAGUCGUAUUUCGCUACCAGUCUCCCGCUCUCAACUGAGUAUAUAUUCCUGCUCCCUCCGUGUCCUCCUCCAUUCCUCAGCUUCCCCAGUCAAACCACCACAACGUUCAAGUCAAACCACCACAACGUUCAAGCCAACCCCCCACAACGUUCAAGACAAACCACCACAACGUCCACACCAACCGACACCAAAACCACACUCUCAAACACCGUCAAGAUGGGUUGCUCUGGUUCAAAGCCAAGCAGGCCACAGUACGCCGCGCCACAGUACGCCGGUCAGUACUACUACCAGCAGACCCCCGCCCAGCUUGCUCAUAUCCGCGCCCAUCAAGCGGCCGGAAAACGACGUGCUUAUGCCUCCUCGGGGUACAUCCGGGACCAGAACGCGCGUUGCGUCGCCCACCGAGCCCAAAAGAACAAGGCGCUAACACCGCGCCACGUGAGGCAUCAUGGGAGGAGUUCGGCGUGGGAGGGCAACGCGGUCUAUGGCUAUGCGCGCGGAUACACGUAUGAUGCUAGAGGUCACUAUUACUAUUGA